CACCACAGACAACGAACAGACCUUCUUGAAAAUGAGAGAAACCUUCCAACACAGACAAAAGUUGAUCCAUGAUCCUGAGCAAUGCAGCACAGUGCUUACUGUGUUCCCAAGGUUCCUUGACACAAAAGGCCUGGUGGUGCAAGACUUUGAUCUGUUGUUUGGAGCUGAGACCUCAUCAAAACUCCUUGAGAAAUGGGAUUUCCUGAAGGGCAAAGUAAUAGAGCAAGCCAAGGACCUCAGCAAGACACCCCUGCUUGAUCACCUCAUCCAGUCUGCAGAGGAGAACACUGAUGAGGAUGACGAGGUCCCAGGUUGGGAUAGUGACAUGGCCUCACUGCUACUGCUGGUCUACCUCCUGCCACCACCUCCAAGUGGGAAAAAGGGAGCUGUGAAGAUCAGUACCCGGGAAGCUGUGGACCAUGUUGUCAAGUUUCAUAAGUCAUGUCGCAGCCUUCAGGAGCACUCUGGUCCAAACCAGCGGAGGCAGCCCUACAUCCUGGCAGUUGGGACAACAAGAAAGCACAUCCACGAGUACUACAUUGCAUUGGAUGGUGAUCUCCUUCCCUGCAAGGGCAAGUCUUCCCUGUCAGCCUUUGAUGAACUUUUCAAAGCACAUUAUGUUUUCGGCAUCUCCUAUGACCAGGCCUUAAAUGGCAUGUACACAUUUGUACAGACCACCAUCUACAACAUCGAUGUAGGUCAUUCUCACGAAACUCCCAGAGAACAUCCGUGAACAUUGUUUUUCACAAUAGUAAUUUUGUGUCAAAUAUUGUUGAAUAUAAAACAUGUUUUCAAGAUUUGAAAUGUACACUGAAGUUUGAAAGUGUUAAAACUGUGACACAAAUGACCUGUGGAGUACAUUUUCACUCCAAUUGUUAAAUAAAAUACAUAAAAAGCA